ACACUCUCGGAAUAUCUUAUUGUUUUCAUGCUCUCUUCGAUGAUCGUCAUGGUUUGCCUUUCUGACGAGCAUCACACGCAGUCAUAACUAAUUAGCCGGGCACGAUCGCUCGCGCCGCGUUAUAGUAUAAACAUACCACAAAACAAAUAAUAAUUCUCAUUCUCCGUGUGUCGGCUUCUUAUAAAGCAUGUAAGUAGUGCUACAGUAAUAAAAUGGGAUUUUAUUGGAUUUUUCCGUACUCCCACGAAUUGAGGUUUCCAACAUGCUGCUUAACCAGGAGGGUGACAAAUUCAUCGAGAAAGAAACAUCCUGCGAUUGGAUAUUAAGCUCUCUUCCUAUGGUGACCACCUUAAUCAACGGUCGCCAUGUCAUCAUCGACUACAUGACUGACCAGCAACUCACAGAAACCUACUUUAUGAUUCAAGAAGCUGCACAAAAUGGAGACGGUUACGGAAUAGACGAGUUUGAUUCCGAAAAGGACUUCCGCCGGGAAAUUGAAGGAAGUGACUGCUUUGCCGUAACUUGUAAGGAAAAUGGCGAACUGUUAGCUGGUUUUAUUUUGGCUGAGAGCAAGUUCUAUCGCGGUGUCAAUGGGGUAGUUGAUCCAUUCAUUAUUGUCAAGCGAUCAGAAAGGAAUCAGAAACUGGGAGAAUUCUGUAUGAGAAAAGCCAUAAACUUCUCAAAGAAACUUGGAUAUAUGGGAAUGUACGUGGACACAUUUUCUAACAAUAUAGCCGUACUGAGAAUCAUUGAGAAGAUCGGCGAGUUUCAGAAAGUGGGCUUCCUACCACUAGGUGGGAGGCUCCAUAAUGGAGAGUUAGUGGGGUCCGUUAUCUACUACCGGGAUUUGCAGAACAAUCCAUCAGAUGAUACGUGAACAUUUUAUAAAACAUUGUUUGAGCGAUCUGAUAUCCAAUUAGGUCAACCAUUUGUCAGAACUAAUUUGACUUUGAGGUCAUAAGAAUCGCUGCGACACUUGACAAUCAGCAAGGAACUUUCCAGUUCGAUUCCCAUUGCAGUGUUAGGUCCUCGAGCAACCAUAAGAAUCAAUGGUCUAAAGGACUCUCAACAUUCCAUGUAACUGUAUACAUUCCUGUCUUUACAAUUCUGUGAUAAAGUACAGUGAUGUAAUUAUAACUUUAAUCAAUGAAAAAUUUACAUGUAUAUUUAUUUUCAUUUUACAACGAUAUUGAAAUAAACGAAUAAAAAACUAA